CAACGAAACGGUUGACUCCGAAGUUUAAGAAAUACGAAGGACGUUGCCUUUUUAUUCUUUUUUUUAAGUUUUAUCGCAACACCCCACGAUAAAUGUACUAUUUACACGGUAUAAAGCCGUAAUCUCGCGCUAGACCGUCCAACGUUUUUAUUACGUGAGAUCACAGUUGGCUGUGGAAAAAAAAAAAUGGCCACCUGCGCUUUGCUUUAUUUUGACUUAGUUCGUCAGCGUCCCUACCGGAACCAGUGUAGCUGACUGGGACGAGCUUUGUGUUAUCUCUCCUCCUCCACCGCCGCAGCCCGCCCGGCCGCCCGCCGCACACUCUCCGUGGAGCUCAACCGGAGGGUAGCCACCGUGGCUCGACGCUCUCGCCGGUGCUGCUACUGCGACAUAACCGCCACAGGCCGACUAUAACUCGGAAUAACGACGCUAGCGACCAGCUUCAAUUCAUUUUUUUUUUUGUUGUUGUUGUCAAUUUUUGUUGACAGAACUGUCACAGGCACAACACCGCUCGGGAAUGGCAAGUCCGGAGGCACACACCGGACAGUCGCAUCAGUGUCAGCCGGUGGCCGCGUCCGCUUUCCGGGAGGCGCAGAAAUGGAUCGAGGCCGUGACGGGAAGAUGCUUCGGUGACAAGAAUUUCAGGGGAGGAUUGGAGAAUGGAAUACUGCUGUGCGAGUUACUGAGCUCCAUUAAACCUGGCUUGGUGAAGAAAAUCAACAGGCUUCCGACACCCAUUGCUGGCCUGGACAACCUGAGCGUGUUUCUGCGCGGAUGUGAGGAGUUAGGACUGAAGGGCUCCCGGCUGUUCGACCCCGGAGACCUUCAAGACACGUCGACACGCCCCGCUGCCAAGCAGAGCGACUGCAGCCGAAAGCUAAAAAAUGUUCUAAUCACCAUCUACUGGCUGGGUCGGGCUGCCAACAGCUGUACCUCCUACAACGGGCCCACAUUGGACCUGAGGGAGUUCGAGGGCCUACUUUCACAGAUGCGAAAGGAGGCGGAGGAGGCAGAAAGCCCCCAACGCAGCAUCCGGGACAGCGGGUACAUUGACUGCUGGGACUCGGAGCGGAGCGACUCACUUUCCCCGCCUCGUCAUUGCCGCGAGGACUCCUUCGACAGCCUGGACUCGUUCGGCUUCCGCUCGCAACAGACGCCGUCGCCGGAUGUGCUGGUGGCGCGCGGCAGCAGCGACGGCCACGGCAGUGACUCCGAGUCGGACGGCCCGCCGCUCCGGAAAACUCCAGACAUCCACAAGGACGACAUGUUGACCCGCCGCACCUCGGUGAGCGAGCCGCGCACCGCCAUGCCCUUCAACCAGUAUCUGCCCAACAAGUGCAACCAGAGCAGCUACGUACCGACGCCGCUGUGCAAGAAGAAGACCUGCGACAAGGAGGACGGUGAGCGCAAGAGCUGGAGUACGGCCACCUCGCCAGUAGGGGGAGAAAGACCUUUGAGCGUGUCACAUGACCCACAGAGUGUGAGCCUGAUCGACAUGCGCAGCGAGGACGCCGCCGCCAUCUUGCCGCCUCACAGUCACGUGCGUCACGAGCUGAUGCACAAUCAGUACAACCAGAUGAAGGAAGAGGACAGUCACUGGCAGGAUGACCUGGCCCGGUGGAAAAGUCGUCGGCGCAGCAUCUCGCAGGACCUGAUCAAGAAGGAGGAGGAGAGGAAGUUGAUGGAGCAGCUGAUGACCGGAGGAGGGCAGUGCAUCUCCCAGAGGAGGAGAAGCAUCAAGACCUACAGGGAGAUCGUGGAGGACAAGGAACGCCGCGAGGAGGAGCUGCGGGCAGCUUACCGGAGAGCCAAAACUCCUGAGGAGGCGUCCUCCAUCCUUCAGCAUUAUGCCCAGCGCUUCUCCAUCAGUGAGACUGUUAUGGAGCGCCUGCAGCUCCCCAAGGUUCUAGACCGCAGCAUCUCAGCCGACCCGUCCUUCUCUGGCUUUCCCGCUUCCCUCUCGCCCUCGCCGAUCACCCCUGAGCCGUGGGAAAACGACCCCGACGGGCCCCUGAAGUAUCUGCGGCAGCAGUCGGCCCCAGCCCCCAGGUUCACAUCCACGCUUGAAACACAAAUCGACGAGUGGCCCAGAGACUCACCGCCGCACCGGCCGCAGAUCCGUUCGCGCUCGUCAGAGCCCCCGUCCAACCGGGCGCUAUCACCCAAGCCACUGCCUUUGCUGAUGCCCAAGCCUUACUUCCAGUCCUGGCCUGCCACGCCGGAACCCUGGCCCAGCAAGGCCGAUGGUUUGCUGCGGGUCAAUGGAAACGCGGGUGCUGACGACCCUCCUGCCGCUCCCGAGAGCCAAGGAAGGGAGUCCUCUCCCAUUUUCCUACCGUCCUCAUCUCCCAAAACCACAGCCCACAACGCGGACUCCUCGACAGCAGGAGGAAGUCCGACGUCCGCCAAUUCAAAGGAAGCGGCGACUGACGUCCGAGGCCAGGAAGUCGGCCGCUGUUCAACGCCGCCCAGCAGGCCCACUUCACUACCAGCGGAAUUGCAGAAGCCUGAAGAAAGCUUUGGGAGGAAAAGUGGAAGGCAGUCGGAAGCUGCUCCAGUGGAGAAAAAGUGUGAAUCAGCAACACGACAUCAAACAUCUGCAGAAGCCAAACAAGAGACCGUACUGUCGUGUCAAUCGGGGCUCGGCACGCACUCUGUAACCUCAGUGACGAGCAUACACAGACACCUGGAGAAGAACCAGAAGAAAGAGGAAGUUCCUUUUUUUGGACCUCAACCACCAACUACAACAACAGAAGGUUUUAAAAACAGUACCCGCUCGCCACUGACGAGCAGCAACCCAAAUUUACGCUGGGAGUUCUUUGCAGAUAAAGGGGAGAAGGAUCACCGCAGCAACGUUUCAGUGCCGGUUUCACCUCAGGCCAGGCGGGCCGACCGCUUGUCCUGGGACCUGGACGAGGAGCGAAAGCGUCAGGAAAGGUGGCAGCAAGAGCAGGAGCGCCUGCUGCAGGAAAAGUACCAGCGGGAGCAGGAGAAGCUGAAGGAGGAGUGGGAGAAGGCCCAGAGGGAGGUGGCCCAGGAGGAGAAGCGCUACCAGGAGGAGGAACGUCUAAUCCUGGAAGAGACGGUCGCACCCCUGACUCCGCAGUCUUCCGCUCCGCCGGCGUCCGAGGGCCAGGACACCAUCGUGCGCUCGCUUGCUGACUGGGAGCGCAAGCAGGAGCAAGUAGAGAAGCUUUCGAAGGGAAGUGCAGAAAGCGCAGAGUGUAGACUGCGAGAGAACGACAGGACGAGCGACAUCAGCACCGCCGACGACAGCUUCAGAACAGCCAGGAGCUCAGCGAGUCAGAGCAGCUGCCUGCACAAUGGCCAGAAGCUUCACCAAAUGGCCGCCAAGACCUCUGCGCUGGUCAAGAAACAGCCAGACGCCGACACCGCCAAGCCUACGCGUCCUGCAGGAGAACGCAGGAGCGUGCCCGCCUCUAGUAACGCGGGCCGCAGCCCAUCCAAGCCCCCUUCGCCUUCUGUCGACGCACCGCCAAACAGGUCUGUCAGCGGCAAGAAGCUGUGCUCCAGCUGCGGGCAGCCGUUGGGCAAGGGGGCCGCCAUGAUCAUCGAGUCCCUCAGCCUCUACUUUCACAUCGACUGCUUUAAGUGCGGCGUGUGCAAGGGCCAAUUAGGAGACACGUCCACGGGCACCGACGUCCGGAUCCGGAGCGGCCUCCUCAACUGCCACCAGUGCUACAUUCGCUCCCGCUCCAUCCUCAUUUUCCUUCCCUUUCGUCAUCUCAUCUCGCCGACCGUUGCCGCUCGCUGAGCGUUUGCGGCUCUCUCGUUUCCCUUCAAGCGGCCGGGCAGCCGACCACCUUGUGACGCCUCCAGUCGAGUUGGACGGGAUCAACCCCCAUUCGUCACGUGGGCCAAGCUGAGAAUUGUCAUCCAUACGCAGUAUACUAUUUGACUGGCGAGUGUCAACGUUAAUAACAAUCAUUUGUUCAUAUUUGCAUUUUUUAUGAAGCACAAUCGAUUUGAACUUCCAUUCAUUUUCAUAUAAAGCAAAUCAAGUUCAUUCACAUAUACUUAAAUCGGAUGGUUUAGGCAUCUUAUUUUUUUCCCCUAUUUUUCACCAAACGGCGUCCAUUUUAUGUCGCUGCCGUAAACCAGAUGACGUGAGAUAUGCAAAUGAACCCUCGCAGCUUCCAAUACCGGACCUCCACCAGGGCAAACGGCAUUUUUGAUUAGCACUCAAUUGUACACCUGAGUAAUCAUGUUUUAAAAAUGGUUAAUAUAAUCCAAGUAAUUCACAAGGCUUCCACUGACACACACGCUUUGAAUGUUAUUCACGAGGGCAAUAACGGAACUCGCUACUUUAACGUGCCUUAGGAACAAACGGAUGAUGACACAGAAAAGACAGAUUUUUUUCAUUGUUUGUAUUUUAUUUGAAGGAGGAGAAAAGUGGCCAAAUUGUCAUCACACGCCAAACUCCUUUUGUUGCAAGUCGUCCGCUUUUCCACGUCAGUGAUUUUUGCAGUGAUUGAAUGCACUCGCCGACCAUUUUGAGGAACAGACGCAGAACGAGGCAAUUGACCUUUCGCUCGAGCCGCACGCCGCCGGAAACGCAGACUGGCCCGAUCACAGUGCAGCACAGAAGGCUGACGCUUUCCUGACGGAAAACUUCCAAUAUGGUUUUUUUUUUUUUUUUAUUAUUAUGCUUAACCGAAUGACAGAAAAUGUUUUUAUUUUAGGCUUUGGAUAAAGCCACGCGGUCGUUAACAUGCUCAGUUGAACCCUUAAACAAAAUCUGCUCAAAUCAAAACUAGCCCAAGUGAAUGCAAACUGUAGAUCAAGCAAUGCUAAAUCCCUCAAAAAUUGACCCAAGAUCAAAUGCAGGCUCUUUACUUAAACUGGUCGAAGCUAUGCGGCAGUCUGCAGCGGCAGUUGAAUCCUUAAAUCAACCGUAUCUUCAUGUAAUCUGUCCAAAAUCGGCAAAAAUCGGAAUUGCCCCUGACAAAUUUAGGCUCCAGGUAAAAAAAAAAAAACAACUAUGCGGUCGGCCACCAUCAACGUAUGUGUUGUGUGACAAGCUUGCCGGCCUUAACAGCAGUAACAAAGGGGCCCUGAGCGAAGGGUCUAUUGAACGUAUGCCAACUUUUGUUUUUUGUUUGUUUUUUGCUUCAUCUGCAUUUUCAGUGUGCUGCGAAUGUAAAUUAAAGAAAUAAAAUGCACGUUUAAGCCUAAAACCAAAAGAUGCUGUCAAAACAAGUGCAAGAAAAAUGAAAAAUAACGCUACAGCGUGCUUCCCGGUGUAGUCGAGGUUUUUCCUGCUUCAGUAUUCCUCCGCUGCUCGUCUUCUUUUACCACGGAGGCUUUCUUGUGUAUUUAUUGUAAUAGUCACCUGAACACUAUCAGCACAUUUCAAUGUAUUCUUUCAUUCACUGUGUCAAUGCGACAACUGUUUGUUUAUAAAUAAAACCAUCCAAAGUCGGUUUUGA